AUGGCCUCAACGAACAGCACGCAGCCGGUCAACAAAUGGGCCCUCUUUGGCUUCACCACCACGUCAGAGGAGCGCAUUGGACCCGGGCCGCCAUACACGCACCCAGCCCUGCAGGUCAACCUCUUCUUCAGGGUGUUCCUCGGCAUCGUCUCCCUCUUUGUCACCUGGGUCCCAGCACGACUCCUCUGGCGGAACGGCGAGUUCGGCGGCACGGUCCUCUGUGUGAUGCUGCUGGUGCUCAACCUCCAGACCGUCAUCAACGCCCUGAUAUGGCGCGACGACAACGUGGAGACGUGGUGGGCGGGCUACGGCUGGUGCGACAUCCAGGCCUACUCCAACUUUGCCCUGCACACGGCCUUCAACAUCAGCCUAUUCGAGAUCAUGCGCGGCCUGGCGUCCAAAGUGGCGCUCGACCGCGCUGUCAAGCUGACUCGCAGCGAGCGGCGCCGCCAGCGCAUUGUCUCGGCCCUGGUCAUCUUCACCUUUCCCGUCAUCCAGGUGAUCCUCAUCUACUUCGCCACCUUCGGUCGAUAUAACAUCUCGACCUUGGUGGGCUGCGAUGCCGUCUACUACCCCAACUGGAUCUUCCUGGUCUUCUACAUCCUACCUACUCCUAUCUUUGCCGUCGGAGCGGCUUACAUGGCAGGUGUAACCUUCUACCGCUAUCGGAAAAUCGACAAGGCCACCCGAGACGUUGCCCGUUCCCAGGACGGCGUCGCGGCGGCCAGGCAGGAGCGGGUCAGGAAGAAGCUCUACUUCAUGACGCUCUUCUGCAUCAUCGUGGUGUUGCCCCUAAUCAUGGUCCUCUUGUUCAGGAACAUCGUCCAGGGCGCCCCCUGGAACCUGCCUUACGACUUCUACGCGCUCCACUUCGGCCCGGACCCCUUGAACAUCUACUUCAUCUCCUUCACCACGUCCGACAUGAUGGACUUCCCGUCGCUGGCCAUCAGCUUCAUCGCCGAGCUGGCCGGCAUCGCCGUCUUCAUCCCCUUCGGCACCACCCCGGAGGCGCUGAAUAUGUACCGCAAGCUGCUUUUGGCCUUCGGACUGGGGUACAUCUUCCCCGGACUGCGGGAAGAGUACGUGCCGCGCCCGAAACGCGGCUCCUCGCUGUGGUCGUCGUUCACCCGCUCCCUGCGCGGCAAGGGUCUCCUCUCAUCGAUCACCACAUUCACCCGCAAAGACAGCCUUCUCCCCACCGCUGAGCAGGUCUCGCUCACGAGCCGGCCCGACAGAGCUCCCUCGUCCUCCGUGACCCAGCCGCGCAACAUGGCCAUGGACACGGAACUCGUACCCAUCCAGUAUCCUGAGAAGACCGCCGCAGGCUCCUCCUCCGUCUCCCACCACAACCCGUGGCCCGACCUCUCCGCGGCCGAGAUAGACGCCGCCACGGCCCAGGUCGAAGCCGGGUCAUCCCAUCGACUCCGCAACCCCUUUCCCUUUCCUACCCUAGUCAGCAUCGCCAAGCCGCCUGUCAGAUUCCCUUCUUUAUCCAUCCCU